GAAUCGCUCCAAACCCAUGACAGCUACUAGCUCCGGUCAAGCAAACAUGACGUUUCAAACGGGGAAAACAGCGUGUUUUCCUUGAGUGGAACGUCAAGUUUACGCAACUGGAGGUAGCACCUUCUAGUCCUAUAAAUGAUGGAAGGAUGUGUUGACCUGAUGCCUCUGCAUAUUGCUUCGUGUUUCCCGUAGUGAACUCGGCAUAUUUACAAGGCAUCUCGUCUUUACCUUGGUGGUUGGUGCUCUUCCCUUUGUCAUCUUCCAUCACAUCAGCAUCAGUGAAGAACAUAUAUGGAGGUGAAGUCUCCUUGGUUAAACUAGCAUAUCCAAACGAUCACAUUAUUAGUGAAGAAGACAAGAUAUGGCAGAGGCAGCAGUACUCCUAGCUCUUAGCAAGCUUGUUACGUCUUUUGGAAUAGCAUCACUGCAGGCUUUCAUAAAGAAAGAAACCAACCUGUCGCAAGAUCUACCAAGGAUUGCAAAUCGCAUUGAGAGGGAAUUGGACAUGAUUCAUCAUUUCUUGAGCCAAGUUGGGACCAAAAUCUACAGCAACAAAGUUCUUGAAGGCUGGAUAGUGAGGGUGCGGAAGGUUGCUUAUUGUGUCGAGGACAUAAUCGAUGAGUACUGCUAUAACAUUACUCUCUUACAGGAAGAAGGGUAUUUCAAGAGGGUGAUACACAAAACCUACUAUGCAAAUGCUUUUCACAGCAUUGCUUUAAGAAUGAAAGACAUUGAGGAAGAGAUGAAACACCUUUCACAGCUAAAAAGAGACUACAGAGAAAUGUUCAAUGAAUUACUUGACAACACAAGUUACAAUACUCAAAUUCAAUCCCCCAAAUAUAAUGAGAACCUUCAUGCCAUUAAAGUAGAUGACAUUGUAGGGAUGAAGAAAGAUAUGGAACUGCUAGACAAAUGGCUAGAUCCCAAGGAAUUGAAUCGGGUAGUAGUAUCAGUGUGGGGUUUUGGUGGAUUAGGUAAAACAACCCUAGUCAGGAAGGUAUAUGACUGGGAGAUGGGACUGAAAAGUUUUGAUUCUUAUGCAUGGAUUGCAGUAUCUCAUAAUUUCAACAUUCGUGUUACAUUGAGGCAGUUGAUUCAGGAGCUGAACGAGUACCAAGGCAAAAUUCCUGCCGACCUUGGUACUAUGCACUGUGAUAAGCUCACUGAUGCAUUAAGAGUAGUGUUGUCAAAUAAGAGGUACUUGAUUGUACUUGAUGAUGUUUGGGAUACAAGAGCUUUUAACGAGUUAUCUGACUCGCUGGUGGAUGACCACAAAGGAAGUCGGAUAAUUAUCACAACCAGGAAUAAUGAUGUUGCUUCAUUGGCUCAAGAAACGUACAGGAUGAAGCUUAACCCACUCGGUGCUGAUGAUGCAUUUGAACUCUUUUGUAGAAGGACUUUCCAGAAUAGCAACAUGAAGUGCCCCUCUCAUCUCAAGGAACUGUCUGGGCAGAUUGUGAGCAAAUGUGGAGGGUUGCCACUAGCAAUUAGUGCAAUAGGAAAUGUAUUAGCUGUACAGGAACCAGACGAGAUAACAUGGAGAAGAAUGGAUAAUCAGUUUAAGUGUGAGUUGGAGGACAACCCUAGCCUUGGCAAAGUAAGGGGUGCACUGAGCAUUAGCUUCGCGUACCUUCCAAGACACCUCAAGAACUGCUUUUUGUAUUGCAGCAUGUUCCCACAAGAUUAUCUUUUCAGACGUGAACAGCUUGUCAAGCUAUGGAUAGUAGAGGGUUUUGUUUCACACAGAGGGCAAAGUACAUUGGAGGAGGUUGCAGAUGGCUACUUCACUGAGCUGAUCCACCGAAGCAUGCUGCAACUUGUGGAGAACGAUGAGAUUGGCAGAGUGGUAGCCUGCAGGAUGCAUGACAUUGUGCGAGAAUUAGCUCUUUCCUUUUCUAGGAAGGAAAGAUUUGGUCUGGCAGACAUAUCAAACCUGGCACUUGAGAACAAGGACGAUGUUCGUCGAUUAUUAGUGUCAACCUCUAAUCAGGUGAAUCAGCUGACAAGAUCAAGAAUGGAUCUUCCACAUCUUCGAACAUUCAUCGCGACCAGCAAAGUUGCAAAUUACCAGCUGUUAUGCUUACUGAUUUCCAACUAUAAAUACCUUGCUGUUCUGGAGCUGCGAGACUCGCCCCUUGACAAGAUCCCGGAUAAUAUUGGGGAAUUGUUCAACUUGCGCUACCUUUGCCUAAGGAGAACACGUGUUAAGUCCCUUCCAAGAUCAAUUAAAAGGCUUUCCAAUUUGGAAACUCUGGACCUGAAGUCAACUGGCAUUGAAACUCUCCCAAAAGAGGUAGCCAGGCUCAAGAAGUUAAGGCACAUAUUUGCUGAGAAAUUGGCUGACCCAAAACAGCAGCAUUUACGCUACUUCCAAGGUGUGAAGUUUCCGGAUGGAAUUUUUGAUUUAGUACAGCUGCAAACUCUCAUUACUGUUGAAGCAACCAAGAAAUCAGUGGAGCUGUUGAAACGCCUGCCUGAGCUGAGGCUUCUGUGUGUUGAGAAUGUACGUCGUGCUGAUUGCACGAUACUGUUUGCAUCCAUCUCAAACAUGCACCACCUCGAUAGCUUGCUCAUCAGUGCCAGCGAUCAAGAUGAACCUCUGAAUUUCGAUGCAUUCAAUCCUAUACAGACACAGCUAGAGAAGCUCACUAUCAGAGGAUGCUGGGACAAUGAGACCUUCAGGAGACCAGUGUUCCGUGAGUAUGGUAUCAAUAUCAAGUAUCUGACAUUAACUUUUUGUAAAAAUAAUGCCGAUCCACUGCCCUCAAUCUCAUCGAGCAUGCCUAACCUUAUAUUCUUGAGCAUCCGCAGGGGAUGCUGGUCUGAUGACAUAAUGCUAUGCGCGGGAUGGUUUCCUCAGCUGAAAACCCUUUAUUUGGAGAAACUACAUCAACUAAAAAGACUGUUUAUUGAGGAAGGUGCCCUUGUCAGGCUUGAAGUGCUGAUUCUGUUGUCUCUAACAUCUCUCAAGGAAGUUCCUAAAGGUUUGGAACUUGUUUCAUCCCUCAAGAAGCUUAAUGUCUCGAUGCAGCCCCCUGAAUUCAAGGUAGAAUGGGAAAGAGACAACUGGAGGAUGAAGUUGCACCAUGUCCAAGAGAUACGUGUAUGAGAAAUUAUUAGUGGAUCAAUCAUUAGUUAUCACAAGACACAAGUCAUGGUAUUAUUAACAUACACUGAUUUGUAUUUGUUCUUGCAUGUUAUAUUUCCUCCAGACCAUCAAUAUUGGUGUGCAAGUUUUUGUUUAUUCCUGCAAUGUUAACACUGAAUUUUCAAAAUAUUGCUAGUAUUGCUCA